AUGGCUUCAGAAUACGUCAAUCUCUUGCCCAGAGAUGGGAAAUGGAGGCAGCAAAUCACAGAUUUCCUCUCUGAAGACGUGCCCUCCUUCGACUUUGGCGGGUUUGUCGUUGGAGCCAAGCCAGAGACAGCCUCGCUAUACAUGAAGCAAGAAGGCUUGAUAUGCGGCGUCCCAUUUGCCGCCGAGGUGUUUAGACAAUGCGACCUACAAGUGAAAUGGCACUUUGACGAGAAAACAUAUGUGCAUCAAGACGAGCUCGAGCAAAAUGGCGGCAAGAUCGUAGUUGCCACGGUCACGGGCGCAGCAAAGAACAUCUUGUUGGCGGAACGCACGGCUUUGAAUCUCUUGGCGCGUGCCUCGGGCGUAGCGACGCAAUCCUACAUCACCAAGAAAUUGGCUGACGAAAAUGGCUAUACUGGGUUGAUUGCCGGCACUCGAAAGACUACCCCCGGUUUGAGGUUGUUGGAAAAAUACUCGAUGCUUGUUGGUGGUGUCGAUACCCAUCGCUACGAUUUGAGCUCGAUGGUUAUGUUGAAGGAUAACCACAUUGCCUCAACUGGGUCGAUAACUCAUGCUGUGGGAAAAGCAAGGUCUGUGUGCGGGUUUGCCGUGAAAGUUGAGGUUGAAGUUGGUUCAGAGGAGGACGCAAAGGAGGCGAUUGAUGCUGGUGCAGAUGUGAUUAUGUUGGAUAAUUUCAAAGGUGACGAGUUGAGGCAAGUUGCGCAGAGAUUGAAGGAGCACUACAAGGGUAGCAAUAAGCUGUUUUUGUUGGAAUGUUCCGGAGGUCUCACGUUGAACAACUUGAGCAGUUAUCUUUGCAACGACAUUGACAUUUACUCAACUUCGUCGAUCCACCAAGGUACCGGUAUCAUUGACUUUUCGUUGAAAAUUGAUGUACAUUGA